GGUGUCAUGGCGGCGGUGAGGGGAAGCGCUGACCUGGUGUCCGAGUUCCUGCAGCAGAAUCGGCGGCUGGCGGACUGGGUGGAGACGGUGAAGGGGCAUCAUGAGCCCGAGAAUCACUGGAGGGCCCGCCGUGAAUUCAUUCUGCACAACCUGAAGCCGGAGCAGAAGGCGAGCGGGAAGGAGCCGGAGCCGGGGCUCGGCACAGACCAACUGCUGGCUCUGUCCAUGGUCUGGGCCAACCACGUCUUCAUGGGAUGUCGGUAUUCAAAGGCAGUGAUGGAUAAAGUGUUGGAGAUGGGAGAAGGCAUCAAAGUUACAGAUGCAGCAGUCUGCACCAGAAGGGAUGAUCUGAUUGCCAAUAAGCUGAAGAAAAGAGAGCUUUCAAACAGCAAUGCUAAUGAAAAGAUAAAAGAACAACUUCCUACGCCAAAAAUGGCAGAUGAGAAAGAUACUUGCAUGGAAAUCGAUACAACACCUGAAUGCACUGGAAACGACAGCCAAGACAUCGACGACACCAGGAUCCCAGGCCUGGAUGGCUUUCCUGCUAGUGGACCAUCAACUCCUGUAUCUGAACCUCCAGUUGAAGUUCCAGUCUGUAUGGCACCAUCCACCAGUUUGAAUCAAAAGGAGGUCCGACAAGUCUCAAAAGAGACUGGAGUGAAGAAAGUUAGUGCUCCUGCACAGGUUCCUGUGAACCAACAGAAGACACUGCUGCAUCAGCCUGACACUCCAGCGCAAGCCAAGAAUUUCUCAUCUAAUUCUGCAGAAGUUAAGCCCAAUAUUCAGCCAGACAUUGUUGAUCGCCCUGCCUCAAUGGGCAAUUCCCAAAAGGCUGUACAACCUCCUGUUUCGGAAAGCUGCAAGACCCCCAUAACAUUGGUCAGUUUAACCCCUGAAGCGAUAAAAGAGAAGCAGACAUUUUACAACAAACUCUACAAAGCUAUUGCUUGGAAGUUGGUGUCAGCUGGUGGUUUCAGCAAUGAGCUUAACCAUUUGAACAUUUUAACUAACUGCAUACAGUCAGUAAAGGGGACUCUUGAAAGUGUGUGUGUUCCCCUGAAAGAUAUUUCUGAAUUGCAUUUACCACAAAGUUCUGCACGUGAAGGGAUUGUUUGUGAACUAAGGUGCAAGGCUGUCUAUUUGGCAACAGGAUAUGGCAAAUGUAAAGUGAGUGCCAAAGACAUGGCGGCAAAAGAGGCAAUGAAAUUGUUCUUGAAACAUAGGGUUACGGUGAAGAUAUGUAAAAGAAAAUUCAAAGGAAGUGAAAUUGAGGAUUUAGUACUUUUGUGUGAAGAGUCAUAUCGGUUAAACCUAGCUCCUGCAUUAGUCAAUCCCUCAGAACCUAGUACAAGGUAAAAAAAAAAGAAGCAUUUUGUAAAUAUUUCUAAUGAAGUAAUUGGAAAAGAGCUUUGUGUGUGUGUAUAUAUUUAGAAAAACACAACAGAAUUGUUGUAUUACUUGAUUGUAAAAGGCACAUAUUGCAGUUGUAGUUAGUUGUUCGUUUUGUUUGAGAGAAAAAAUGAAAACUGCAGUGCCUUAGAGUUUCUAAAAUUGAAAGAAAUAUUAUGGUCAAAAGUUUUUUUUUCUGGGCUAUUGGUGCAAAUCUAAUAUGAAUAAGUACUAUUGAUCUCGAAGUCUCCAAGUUAACACAAUUAAUGUUCUUGUGACUACUUGAAUUAUUUUAAAGGAAAAAGAAUGUGUCUUGCUUUUUUUUGGUAGUGUGUAACAGAGCCUCUUUGAUACUCCAUCAGUGUCCAGGUACUGAUAGAAGUGACCUCUUAGCAAUAUGACUUAAUUUCAAAAGAACACUGUCUAGCUACCCCUUAAGGAUAACCUCCACAAUAUGUAUUUAUAAAUUAUCAGAUAAAAGCAAAAUUCUGCAGAUGAUAGAGAUCUUAAUAGCAAAGUACUGGUGAAAUUCAGAUCUGGCAGCAUCUGUGGAAAGUGAGCUGAUGUUUCAAGUCCAGUGACUCUUCAACCAUUAGAAAAUGGUUGAAUUAAUUUGUUAGCUAUCAAUUGAUUCAAAAGUACUAGAAGUGUAGGUUUAUGGAUUUGGUCCCUAAAAUCUAGGUAAAAGCACUGAAACUGAAUAAAAAAUAGGAUGGUCAUUUAACCAGGAAGAGAAAAGAUUCAGUCAUCUGACUAGUCUUUUGGCAGCCUAGCAAGUUAGCACACCUUUGGUCAGAGAACCAUGAAUACUUCAGACUAAAUAAAAGUCAGAAAGCACACUACUUAUUUCAGGGUGAAGAUUAUGAACACACCAUAGUGCUGCUUUCAUUGAACUUAAAUUUAACUGCUAGACUGAUGUUUCAAAUUAGGUGGACCACAUCAAGUGAAUUUUGUGUGCAAAUCAGCCAACUCUAUUUUGACUGAAGAAGUGUCAUUCCUAACCCUAAACUGAUGUGGCGGCCCCAGUGAAAGCAAUGAUCCAGCUGACAUCAAUUCUGAACUUGAUUUAAAAUUACAUAUUCUGUUCUAAAGUUUGCUUUAAAUGAAUUUUAUAUAACCUAAUGCAAGAUACAUCAUUGCCUGUUCUUGGCUUCUCACUUUUCACUCGAGACAGAAAUGUUCACCCCUUUAAUAUUUUAUUUUCUAUUGCUUGUAAACUGUCAUUUUCCCAUUAAAGAAACAUAAUAGCACCA